AUGAGAAGCCCUCCUAAAGAGGUGAUUGCCUCCUGGCCCAAGCCCAACUAUGUGAAUCCCGAGUAUCAGGGCCCACUAAUGCCCAUAGUUGGCAUUUUAUUCGUGUGUCUCUCUUUCAUUGUCCUUUCGCUGCGACUAUGGGUUCGAGUUCACAUGAAAAAUUCCGCUGGAUGGGACGAUUGGCUCAUGCUUGCUACGAUGCCUUUCAUUGUGGCCAUCACGGUCUCGACAAUAUUAGGUACACGUUUCGGAUGGGGCGUCCAUAUAUGGGAUAACAAACCGGAGUGGUCAGAACCCUCUCGGAUGACUAGUUGGUUUAGCCAACUGUUCUUCAUCAUCAUCAUGACGUUGGUAAAGCUUUCAAUUCUUUCGUCAUAUAUCCGAAUUUCGGCGAAGGAUAAGAAUUUAUUCAACCGGCUAUCAUGGGCUGUGCUGGCUCUCGUGGUCGCUUGGGGCAUCACCUUCUUCGUUGCGGUGUUCACAGUUUGCAGGCCGUUGCGACGCUACUGGGAAGACUUUACCGAUGAGACAUGUGUUGACGAAUCUUCCCGUAUACUUGGUGCCACGGUUUCGAACAUUAUUACCGACCUCAUCGUGUUGAUUCUUCCUAUGCCUACCUUUUGGAAAUUGAAGCUGCCCAUUCGCGAAAGAGUCGUGUUGAUGGCCAUGAUGAGUUUGGGUCUGAUCGCUGUUGCUGCUUCCGUUGUCCGAUGUUGGUAUAUGUAUGUGACAACAGAUCUCACCUAUGAUGUCACCUGGCAUGGAUAUACGAUUUGGGUAUGGAAUGCCAUAGAAGUUAAUCUGGCUGUUAUAUGCGCUUCCAUCCCGACAUUGCGACCUUUUGCCAGGAAGUAUUUCCCGAGACUGGGGAUUAAAACGACUUCCCCCUCUCGAUCAGGACCUCAAUCAGGCUCACAUGAACAUAGUGGGAUUUAUAAAGGGCACACAAUAAAGCAAACAGGAGAAGCUAGUACCUCGACGGAGCACUUGAACCGCGAACCCGAGAUGACAGGCCUCGACCCUCGCACGGAUAAAAUCCUCCAGAUAUGCUGCUUCAUCACCGACGCGGACCUCAACCUCCUCGAUCACACUGGAUUCGAAGCCGUUAUCCACCACCCCAAAUCCGUCCUUGACAACAUGAAUGACUGGUGCAUCGACACGCAUGGCCGGUCAGGGCUGACGGCUGCUGUGGCCGCGUCGAAGACCACCCCGACGGCCGCCGCGGAGGGGCUCCUUGCCUAUAUCAAGAAACACGUGCCGCAGAAACGCACGGGAUUGCUUGCGGGUAAUAGUGUCCAUGCGGACAAGGCGUUUUUGGCCUGCGAGCCAUAUGCAAUGGUCCUCGAAUGGCUGCAUUAUCGGUUGCUCGAUGUGAGUAGUGUUAAAGAGGCGGUGCGGCGGUGGGGGGAUGAGGAGGUGUUGAGGGAUGCCCCGAAGAAGGAGUUAUUGCAUUUAGCCAGGCAAGACAUCCUGGAGAGUAUUGAGGAGAUGAGAUAUUAUCGCCAGGUAUUAUUUGGGAAGAUUGCCAGUGUCGCAACUGCUGCCCCGCCAAAACUGGAUUGUUGGAAAACAACAUCGCCAACUCCCAACAAUCCAAAGCCCUGUUCGAUCCAAAGACUAUCCGGGCUCCGGUUCCUCGAAACGAACGCAGCCGACCAUUGCGCAGCGAAAUUACUCAAUAUGAGCGUCAAAACUGUGUCAAUUACUCCCUUCCAGGACCAGAAGGCUGGGACAUCCGGUCUUCGCAAGAAGGUCACCGUCUUCCAGCAGCCAAACUACUCCGAGUCCUUUAUCACAAGCAUUCUACUCUCCAUCCCAGAAGGCGUUGAAGGUUCCUUUUUGGUCAUUGGUGGUGAUGGGAGGUACUACAACCCAGAAGUCGUGCAAUUGAUUGCCAAAAUCGGAGCUGCGUAUGGCGUCAAAAAGUUACUGGUGGGCCACAAUGGGAUCUUGAGUACACCAGCUGCCAGUCAUGUUAUCAGAAAGAGAAAGGCCACAGGAGGUAUCUUGCUUACUGCAAGCCAUAAUCCAGGCGGACCAAAUGCGGAUUUCGGUAUUAAAUACAAUCUUUCGAACGGUGCCCCCGCCCCCGAAUCAGUGACAAACAAGAUCUAUGAAACUUCCAAGCACCUGACAUCAUACAAAAUCGCUGCAAUACCGGACAUCGAUCUUGCGCAUAUCGGGGUCCAGAAAUGCGGACCCCUGGAGGUGGAAGUUAUCCAUUCCACAACUGACUAUGUUGAUAUGCUUAAGGAGAUAUUUGACUUUGAUCUUAUCAAAUCCCUAUUUAAGAUACAUCCAGAUUUCAAAGUCCUCUUCGAUGCAUUGCACGGCGUCACUGGACCAUAUGGAAAGGCCAUUUUCCUCGACGAAUUAGGACUGCCAGCCACUAGUGUGCAAAAUUGCGUUCCCUCUCCAGACUUUGGUGGCGGACAUCCUGAUCCAAAUCUGACAUACGCACACUCUCUGGUCGAAGCCGUCGACAAAAAUGGUAUUCAAUUUGGUGCGGCGAGUGACGGAGACGGAGACCGCAACAUGAUAUACGGAGCCAAAACUUUCGUCUCGCCAGGAGACAGCUUGGCCAUUAUUGCCCACCAUGCAAAACUGAUUCCAUACUUCAGGGACCAAGGUGUCUAUGGCCUAGCCCGCUCAAUGCCAACUUCCGGCGCCGUCGACCUAGUCGCCAAAGCGCAGGGCCUGCAAUGCUACGAAGUGCCCACGGGCUGGAAGUUCUUCUGCGCCCUCUUCGACACCAAGAAAAUGUCCAUCUGCGGCGAAGAGAGUUUUGGCACAGGCAGCAACCACAUCCGCGAAAAGGACGGCCUCUGGGCUGUCAUCGCCUGGCUCAACAUCAUCGCCGGCGUCGCCAAAGCCAACCCGGAUAAACCCGUCAGCAUCGCCGCGAUCCAAUACGAUUUCUGGAAAGAAUACGGCCGCACCUUCUUCACCCGCUAUGACUACGAAAAUGUCGAUUCCGCCGGUGCUAGCAAGGUCAUUGCACAUCUCACGGACCUCAUUACAACCCAGAAAGAAACUUUCGUUGGCUCUAGCGUUUCAGGCCGCAAGGUCCUCGAGGCAGAUGACUUCUCCUACACCGACCUGGACGGCAGCGUGAGUAAGAAUCAGGGCAUCUACGUCAAGUUUGAUGAUGGGAGUCGGAUCGUGGUCCGGCUCUCGGGGACUGGUAGCAGUGGCGCAACGAUUCGGUUGUAUGUUGAGCGUCAUGAGGCGGAUGAGAAGGAGUUCGGGAAGGAUGCGCAGGAGUAUUUGAAGGAGAAUAUUGGGUUGGCGGUGCAGUUGUUGAAACUGAAGGAGUUUAUUGGAAGGGAGGAACCGGAUGUUAAGACUUAA